GCAUUUCAGUUAACACACACAUGCAUUAAGGGAAGCAGUGGGGGAAGACGAUGGAGCUCCACACACACGUGUUCUCCAGUAAGAUCUAAAAUGAAGAUACUGGCCAACAUUUAACAAUCUGGAGGACUUGCAAAGGACAAUGUUGAGAUUCAACAUGCGUGUGUGGAUCCUUGUGUUGCUUUCUGCAGGAACGCUUUACAGUGAAGACUUUGGUGGAUGCGAACAGCAGCCGUGUCAAAAUGGUGGACUAUGUGAAAGCUACUCAGGAGGAUUCCGUUGCCUUUGUUCGCAGCAGAGCCAAAAUGGACGCCUGUAUGGUGGAGAGAACUGUACAAUUCCCCUUUCGGGCUGUGAUGAAAGCCAGUGUGAGAAUGGAGGAAUAUGUUCUCCCUCGUUUUCGAAUAACAAACACACCUACUCGUGCAUCUGCCUUCCAGGUUACACCGGUCCAAAAUGCCAGACCUCCACCACAUUCUCAUUUGAGGCGCGGGGUUAUAUGUAUAUCGACACCAAGCAACUGGAACCAGAAUCUUCCCUUAAUGUGACCUUUAGCUUUAGAACAGAGAACCCAACAGGUACUCUUUUUCAGCGUAGAGUGGAUAACUUGCUCCUCACCAUCGAGCUGAUGGAUGGACAGCUGUGCCUCCUCAGCUUGAGAGAUCAAGGCACCAGCACUCUGGUUCAAGAACUCCCAGAGUAUUUGUCCAACAACAAGUGGCACACAGUUGAAGCAUCUCUGGGUGGUGUGGUCAGUCUCAUCAGGUUGCUCUGCAGUGAGGUGAGCUGCACCAAAGACUCAGGUGUCGAAGUCCAGCCGAUGGAUCAAGCUGCCGCUCUGCCGGAGCCCGGAGUUGUUCGACAAAGCCUCUUUGUUGGAGCCAUUGGUUGGAACAGGGCUUCAGGUAGAGUCGAGGAUGGAGCAGAGGAUCCACCAGCCUUUCUGGGCUGCUUUAGGGAUGUCUUAGUAGAUUCACGACUGGUGCUGCCAGGUGACGUGCCAAAAGAUUCAGACGUCCAGGCGAACAUCGUAGCUGGAUGCAGUGACAGAGACAAGUGUGAGGAGAGCCCAUGUCAGAACAGAGGGCGGUGUGUGAGCCAGGGCUGGAGGAGGUACGCCUGUGAAUGCCACAGGCCGUAUGAAGGAGACGACUGUGCAGAUGAGUACAUCACUGGCAGGUUUGGAAACAAAGACCUUGAGAGUUACGCCAUGUUCUCAUUAGACAACAAUCCGGGGGUUUCUGUAGUUAUAUCCAUGUUCAUUCGCACCAGACAGUCCAGUGGUCUGCUUCUCAUCCUGGCCAAUACCACCAGCCAGUAUCUUCGCCUAUUCCUGGUGGAGGGCAGGGUCAAAGUUCAGGUCAACAACUUUGAGACUCUUGUCAGUCAGAACACUGUCAACAAUGGCCACUUCCACCUGGUCGCUGUGAAGCUGGAAGGAACUGCAGCCACUUUGUUCCUGUCAGCUCAAAGCCAGGGUUCUAUGGCCAUCAGGCGUGUCCAAACACAUCCUGACGAUUUGGUCUUUGUUGGAGGUCUACCAGAUUCAAGGGCCUCGGCUUCAUUUGGUGGCUACUUCAAGGGAUGCGUCCAGGAUCUGAGGAUUAACAGUAAGCGCCUGCAGUUCUAUCCAGUAUCAACUCCUGUGGAGUCGUACAACCUGGAGAAGCUUGUGGGCGUAUCAGAGGGAUGCAGCAGUGACAACGCUUGUGCUGCUAACCCUUGUCUCAAUGGAGGGGAGUGUUACUCCAUGUGGGAUGAUUUUAUCUGCAGCUGUCCCCCCAACACAGCAGGGCAAAGGUGUGAGGAGGUGAAAUGGUGUGAACUGUCUCCCUGCCCUGUUACAACCAUCUGUCAGCCCCUCUCUCAAGGCUUUGAGUGUUUGUCCAAUGUGACGUUCCGGCUCGACAACAGCAUUUUGUGGUAUCACAGUAACAGGAAGAUUAAGUCCAACCUCUCCAGUGUCUCCCUCAGCUUCCGCACUAGGCAGUCAGAGGCCGUUUUGCUUCAUGCUCAGAGAGAGUCCAAUCACAUAACGGUCUCUCUCCUUGACUCUCAUUUGGUUAUGGAGUUUCUAGGUAGGGCUGAUAAUGACUCUCUGAAAGUGACAGCACAAAGCCUGGCUCCACUCAGUGAUGGUGAGUGGCACUUUGUAUCAAUCAGCAAGGAGAGACAGAUCCCAACAUCCAGGUGGAUUAUGGAUGUAGAUGGACACCAAGAGUACAUCAGUGUCUCCAGAGCAGCGGCUGGGGACUUUAACUUUCUCAGGGAUGGAGCAGACAUUUUCCUGGGUGGCCUAAGCCAGGAAUCUGGACUGACCUUUUCAGGAUGUCUAGGUCCAGUGGAGAUUGGGGGUCUUCAUUUACCAUUCCAUCUGGAGACAGAACUGAACCUCCCCAGACCUCAGGAGGAACAGUUUGUGAGGGGCAACAGCAAUAAUUCACCACAGUACGGAUGCUGGGGUGCCACUGUGUGUGCUCCAAACCCAUGCCAGAAUGGGGGUAUGUGCGACGACCUGUUCAACCACCAUCGAUGCACCUGCCCCUCUGAAUGGACAGGAUCACUAUGCCAAGACCAGACAGACACCUGCAACUCCCACCCAUGUGUAUACGGUAACUGUACUAACCUCUCCGAGGGCUAUAAGUGUGAGUGUGAGCUGGGCUUCACCGGUGAACAGUGCGAGGUAGAAAUGGAUAUGUGUGAAAACAGCAGCUGCAACUAUGGCGCCACCUGCCUGAAAGGCUUCCACAGCUACACGUGUCUGUGUCCUCGGAACAUGACAGGACAUUUCUGCGAUGUUAAAAUCCCUGAAACUCCGUGGUACAUAGAGACAGAUCCACUUCCUCAGUUGCCUGCCUCUUUCUGCGUGGGCACAAGAUGGAACUACAACUGCUUUAACGGAGGAAACUGUUCUGAAGCUGAGAACACCUGCUACUGCCUGCCUGGAUUCACCGGUCAAUGGUGUGAGAAAGAUAUAGAUGAAUGUGCCUCAGACCCGUGUAUGAACGGAGGCUUCUGCAUCAACUACGUGAACAGCUUCGAGUGCGUGUGCGACAUGAACUACUCUGGCGUGUACUGCCAAAUGGACGUCAGCGACUUCUACAUGUACCUGUUCUUAGGCCUGUGGCAGAACCUCUUCCAACUCGUGUCCUACCUCGUCAUCCGCCUCGACGACGAGCCGGAGAUCGAGUGGGGGUUCCACGUCAACGAUUAGACGAAACCAAAUGGACCAAACUUCAUGUAGAUGGUCAAUCGUUUAUAUACACCCGUUCUUUUUGUAGAUUUUGUUCAUUAUGUUUUUGGUUGAGGGAUUAUGUCUUUGGACAGUUGCUGUGAUGCAUAGCCGUAUCGAGAAGAAUUUGUUUUUGACAAUCGAUUACCUUCUCAAAAACUCAAAUAAUACCUGAACUACGACCUCAAAUCCUAGAGGAGUUGAAAAGGAGGCUACGUGGUUGUAGAGAGGGAAGGAGGAAGUUCAAAUCAUCUAUCAUCGAUCAUAUCCCCAACUCCAACAUCUCUCUGCCCGGCUUUCCAACCCUAAGGCCAGACAGUCAAAUGCAUCGAGCUGCUUUGCUCAUUAAGCUAGAGUACUAGCAAACAGAAGUGGCAAAAGCAAAUGAGGUGGAUGAGUAGUGCUUGUCAACAAUUGCUUACGUCAUCCAGCACAAGCUGAUGUGGAAUUUUGUCUCUGCUGUAUGGAUAUUGAUCUGUUAGCAUGCCAUGACAGUCUUGAGACCGUUAUGCUGUCAGAGAUCAAUUCAGAUUUGUUGCAUGACUGACUGCUACCAGAGAUCCUUCCUGCCCACAUCAUCACCAUCCAUGACAAUAUGUUGAAGAUACCAGGAUGAUAGGAGUCACAACGUUUAAAUUCCUUCUGAGAUAAAUAUUUUUAAAUUGAAUUUUGAAUUGAAUAUGAACUUCUAGUUCAUGUGUACUGAGGUCAAAAUUGUAAUUCAAUUCAAGAAUAAUAUUAUAAACAUCAAAAACCUGCUAGGUCCAAUCUUGAAUUUAUUUCUGUGGAUGCAAGUUGUUUUUUCCCCCCCAUGUCACCAGACAGGCUCUGUAAAAUUCAACAUUCUUUGAGUAAUUUUUCUGCAUUAAGUUAACUUAAGUUGAAUUAAAAACACUCACUUUUUAAGUACAUCAUAUUUCAGGACCCCAAAUAGCCUUAGCUUCUUCAAAUCCAGAGACAAUGCUACAAAAGAAACAUACUUACGUUUUACUUGCUUUUAUUCUCUGUUCAAUAAUUAUUACAUUUGCUUUGCAUAAACGCUGCCUCAAAGUGGCUCAAAGUUGACCAUUUGUUCUUAGGGGUUUUGCAGCAGCGUCGUCCGGUUCCUUCGGUCUUUAUCUUGUCAGAAACUCGUCCAUUCCACGAUUGCUAAUACGGCUAGCUUAAUAAGCAAAGCAGCUCGAUGAGUUUGACUGUCAGCCAAUCAGAGAUGGGCAUGGCAAAGAACAUAAACUAUUUCAAUUUAUAUUUUAUAAUAAUUGGAAAAACAUUUGUUGUGAAGAUUUAAAAAUAAUAAAAAUUUUACUUAAUUUCAUUUUUUUUAGCUCGACUUGUUUUUCCUAAUUUAGACUCCAGU